AUGCCGACGCACGAGUUCUCUGUGGACAUGACCUGUGAAGGCUGCUCUAAUGAGGUCAGUCAGGUGCUUAACAAGGUGGGAGAAGUUGAGUUUGACAUUGACCUGUUCAACAAGAAGGUUUGCAUCAACUCUGAGCACAGCAUGGACCUUCUGCUGGAGACUGUGGGAAAAACAGGAAAAGCUGUUCCCUUCUUUGACCCCAAGUAUGGCAACAAAAGGAAGGCCAGUGUGGGUGAAACGAAGUGGGAGAGGAGAAGAGGGCUGGAAGCAGACCCUCUCCCUAUAGAGGGCCGGCUCGUGAACAGCUGUAUUCAGGCCAGGAGGAAGUGCCAGGCCGAUCCUGUUUGCAGUGCUGCCUACCACCACCUGAAUUCCUGCACCUCUAGUAUAAGCACCCCAUCACCCACACAGGAACUUUUGGUCCCUGAGGACUGCAGGGAGGCAGCAAAGCACCUCAGGAAUAGCUCUCUGAUGAGCUGCACAUGCCAUCGGCGCAUGAAGAACCAAGUUGCCUGCCUGGACAUUUACUGGACCGCUCACCUUGCCCGCAGCCUUGGUGACUAUGAACUGGAUGUCUCCCCCUAUGAAGACACCGUGACCAGAAAACCCUGGAAAAUGAAUCUCAGCAAACUGAACAUGCUCAAACCAGACUCAGACCUCUGCCUCAAGUUUGCCAUGCUAUGUACUCUUAAUGAUAAGUGUGAUCGGCUGCGCAAGGCCUAUGGGGAAGCGUGCUCGGGAUCCCGCUGCCAGCGCCACACCUGCCUCCAUCAGCUCCGCGCCUUCUUCGAGAAGGCUUCGGAGCCCCACGCUCAGGGCCUCCUGUUGUGCCCCUGUGCACCGGCCGACCAGGGCUGCGGGCAACGCCGGCGCAACACCAUCGCUCCCAGCUGCGCUCUGCCGUCUGGGGCCCCCAACUGCCUGGAGCUGGAGAGCCUCUGCGUCGCUGACCCGCUGUGCAGAUCUCGCCUGGUGGAUUUCCAGACCCACUGCCAUCCUUUGGACAUCCUAGGGACCUGUGCAACAGAGCAGUCCAGAUGUCUGCGAGCAUACAUGGGGCUGAUUGGGACUGCCAUGACUCCCAACUUUGUCAGCAAUGUCAACAUCAGUGUUGCCUUAAGCUGCACCUGUCGAGGCAGUGGCAACCGGCAGGAAGAGUGUGAACAGCUGGAAGAGUCCUUCUCCCACAACUCCUGCCUCAUGGAGGCCAUUGCAGCUAAGAUGCGUUUUCACAGCCAACUCUUCUCCCAGGACUGGGCAGACUCUACCUUUUCCGUGAUGGAACGCCAGAACAAAAAUCCUGCUCUGAUGCCACAGCCCUGGGUGCCCUCUCUUUUCUCCUGUACACUUACUUUGAUUCUUCUCCUGAGCCUCUGGUAG